AUGAACAUUUUUCACGUUAUUUAUAUCUUCGUGCUGAUAUUUGUAGAAUCUGAUUGUGGACGAAUUCAUAAAGUCUCGAUUAAUAUUCAUCAGCGAGACAUGCGUCAUAACGAAAGUGGAAACUGUCGUAGUGCUUUACCUAAUAAUGCCCAGAAAAAGAUCGUUGAAAAAGCGAGUAACAUCGCGCAGAAAGCGGCGCAGGAAGCAAAAGCCGCGUCUGAAGCACAGAAUAUUGCUGGUCAACAAGCAGCUCGUCAAGUAAAGGCUCAGUUGGCGGAAAAGGCAGUUCAAGCUGCCAAAGCUGCUGAAGCGGCCUUAUCGGAUAAGGAAGCAAUAGUCGAACAGCUGUUAGAAGAAGUGAAGGAAGCACGGUCAGUAGUUCAGGAAGAAACAUCUUCUUUGCAACAAGCGCAGGCUAACGUUAAUGCUGCAAUCCAGGCAGCGCAGCAAUCACAAGAUCAGUUAAAGACAUUGACGAACGCAGUGCGUACAGCCAAAUUGAACGCAGGAAACGCGCAGGCAGCCGCGAGCGGAGCGCAGAGAUCAUUACGAGAAAAAGAGGAGCUACUGGAGGCGGCCAAGAGACGAGUGGACGAACUGUCGAAUCAGUUACGAAAUGCUCGGCAGGAUCUCGUGAACACGAAUCGUGCAGCGGCCAAAGCUAACGCUGCUGCUCAUGAAGCGAAAGUGAACGCCAGAAACAAGAGGAGAUUGGCGAAUCUUAGGAGACUGCGAGCGAUACACUCAAGUGUGACACGAUCUUUCUCGAGAUGAGAUAU